AUGACUCCGCCGAGUAGACAAAGAAACCCAGCUCUGGCUGGUAGGCCUGGUCGCUUGAAACUCAGCGUGGAAGAAGCCAUCAGACAAGCUUCGUCUCGCUCGCGGUCACCCACUACACUCAGUCCUAUUUCCAAGGAUCGAUCGAGACGUCGAAGUAGUUCGUCUACUACUUCUCAUACGAUUGAGUCAUUCCGACGGCGGGCUGGAAGUGACAGAUACUUUGAUGCUCUGGGCUUUCAAACCCAGGCGAAUCAACCCGAAAUUUCCAUACCAUUUCCACCUCUCGGUUCUCAGGACUCUUCACCAUUCCCUCGAUUAUCCAUUGACGAGUCCGCCGUUUUCACAGAUGAGGAGCCUCCAAGCCAAGGCCAGUCUCCUAUUACUCAGCUAUCCGGGCCCAACUGGCAGACGCCAGCACAGCCCCUCUCAAGCACCCUAAGAACUCGGUCAGCACGAGUCAAAGAUGGGCAGAUGAUCCGAGUUACUCUCAAAACUCAGACCACUGAAGUACCGUGUAUUGCCAAGUGCUAUCUUACUCGGGAUUUGAGUGUCGUCGACAACGACUUUGCUCGCAACUGGGGCGUCAAGAUACAUCCAGUGCCUAAGCCUCGCUGGAAAGAUGCCCGACACUGGUGCGUGCUGGAUGUAAUUGACGUGGAAACGAUUGGUAGUGUUCAGAAACAACUGUCAAUUCGGCUUGGCAAGCUUCCAGACCAGCGGGUCAGUGUUGAGCUUGGCAUUGAUGCACUCAAAGCUCUCCAUCUAGUUGAUGAAACAGCUAACCCAAAGAUAGAACAGUUAUCUCGAUCUGCACCUCCUAGCCAAUAUCUACCAUGGACUGGCAUCAGCCCUCCUUACCUGCAGCAACCUCAGGAUAUCCUCGGACCGUAUGUGCUUACACCUCCGGCACCACAACAAUUUACCACUGGUCGUAACCGUGCCCUUACGGUACCUUCGAUACCUUCUAUUAGGAUUGAUACAACGUUCGACACUUCACUUUCAGUACCAAAAUCCGUGGGUGACUCGGGUUCUGGCGAAGACUCUAGUUCACCAUGGGAAUGGGAUGCUCUGUCGAUAGCAUCUCAAUCAUACCAAGACGAUGACAGGAGCGCCUGGAGUCCGGCUGUUUCGGACUGUGGUGGCCUUUCCUCUUCUUUUGACACUUGUAUGAAAUAA